CUGUCAUGUUAUGAAAACGAGCGAUGCCAUACCGAGGGCGACGCCACCAACAAUGCACGACUGUUACUGGUUCUGUGAACCGGCCGAAUUAAAACUACACGGGCUAUUUGGGGUGUAAUCUUAAUGUGAGCCUCUUCGCUUCGGCCGGGUUCACCCGAGCGGAGUCGGUGUGGCAACCAUGCGCAGCGCAUUCCACACCAAUCCCGACGAACUUCACGCCAGUUGGGUCCCGACCGCCACCGACGACGGACCGCUGCCGCUCGCUCCGGCAAAACUAUCGUACAAUAAAACAGAAACAAACUCAAAGUGUAUUAAAAUAUUCCGAAUUCGAAUCUGAAUUAAAUACAGUGUUCAUUAGUGAUGGGAAGUGACCAGUGCGUCGAUUACGACGACGUACGAUGACCGAAAGUUUAAGUUGGACGACCGAAAAAAGUUGUGGUCCUGUUGAGCACAAAAAAUGCUCGUAGUGAUGGCCUGAUGGGAUCGCAGUGUGGCCGAAUCUGUGUAGUUAGUGAUGUGAACUGUGAUAAAAAAAUUCAACAAUCACGUAGAUGAUUGUCUGUGCGUGUGAUAUAUUUAGUUUAUUAGUUACCAAAGAAUCCUGAUGAUCUUGUACAUUAGCCUGUGUUUCAUAUUGAUAGUUUUAGCGGACCCGUUGCCAGGCAAGCACGUGCCGCUGGAGAGCUAUGAGAGCGAACUUGAGCGCGAGCACGCGCUCCCCACAUCCGUGCCAAAUGCGGAUAUACUCAAGACCAACAGCAACCCCACUUAUCACAAGCCUAGGCCGCCACAGAACUACGGCGCGGCGGUGCUGGCGCGGGUGGGUGACGGCGCGGUGCCCUCCUACGCGCCCCCCAACCGCGCCUUCUUCACACCCCCGCUGCCCCCUGAGUACAGGAACCCGUUCGCUGACAAGCCUACACUUAGAGGCACAAACACAGACGGGAACAACUACCUUAACCGGAGGCCUAUUCCACCUCCGUCUCUCGGGCCAGGCCACGAGAGGAUACCCAUCAGGCCUCCAGGACAGGAGACCUCGUCGCCUCAAGUCCCAGCGCCUCCGCCCGCGCCGCCCCUCCCGCCGGCCGGCAUCGAGCCGCAGAAGAAAAAACCACUCAACACUCCUAGCCAUAAGCCUGAAGAACUAGACAGCGACAUAAAGCAUGGCUCGGAUCAGGCCAACUUCACAGACUUCGUGCCAAACUCCCUCAACAUCCCCACCAUCUCUCGCAUCCUCUCCGGUUCCAACGGACGCAAGGAAGACAUCCCCGACGUCCUCCUCAGGACCGUCACCGCCAAACCUCAACACACCGAGAAAACCUCCAAGAGUGACGUCUACGUCACCAAAGAGGGUGUCACUCUCAGCGACGCCAACAGAGACAGCUCCACUGAAGGAUCAGUCCUUGCCGUCCUGGACCCUGAAAUGAACAACCUAGAUAGACCUCUAAUCGUCGACCAAAAUGGAGAAACAAAUACUAGAAGAAACCUUCAAUACUCGACUAAUAAAGAUAGAAAUGAGAGUAGAAACGACGAAUUUACACCAGCGACGACAGUGCAUUUCGAUCUCAAAGAUCCAGAAAUGUCCACUGAAAGAUACCAUAAUCUAGCAAAUGUCAAUUUGGAUAAGAAGAAUCUGAAGCAGGACUCCAAGAAUGGACCAGUGCAGAGAGCAGGAGUCACCUGGCCUUUCGCCUGGAACGUACAUAUUUAUUUAGCGACAGUUAUUUUUACAAUCCUAGCCGUAUUCUCUAUAUUUAAGAUCAUAUGUUAUAAUAAGUUCACGCACCUCUUCACCCAGUACUACUUUAUUAUACUACACUUAAUCUUAGUGUUUGUAUGUCUAAUGAGGAUAUUCUAUAUGUGUUACGAUCCCUAUAAUAUCAACAAUUCAUUGCCAGUUUUUCUUAGUGAGAUCCUGCUACAUGUCCCAGAAAUAUUCCUCAGCAUUGCAUUCGCAUGCACCAUCCUGUUCCUAUUAACAAAUAGCAUCAACUUUAAGAACACUUGCUGUUCUUUCCUGUUCCGUUCGAGAACAAUCAUCAUCGGGGGUGGUCUUCAUCUCCUCUCGUGUCUGAUGUUGCAUAUCUUUGAAAAUAGUAAUACAAUUUAUAGGACUCCGCAGGGAGUAGAAAAAAGGGUAUUAGGUCUAACUUGUCAAAUAAUAUUUAUCAUGGCAUGCUUGACACUAGGUCUGUGCUAUCUCUAUGUAUAUAAAAUGCUCAAGUCGAUUCUUCAAAAGAAAAGCCAUACAUAUAUACAUGGUUUCCAGAAUUUGUACCAGGCUAUUCAUAUAAAUCUGGCGACGGCAUUGCUGUUCGUUCUAAUGGCCACACUUCAAAUAUACGGUAUAUUUGGAAUAAGCCAAGUCAACAUGACUAAAUUCAACUGGCUUCAAUGGGGCUACCAAUUCUCCUUACGUCUUAUUGAGAUUUGCAUCGUAGCCCUUAUCUCCUGGGUCAUAAGCCUCAAAGUUGGCAUCGUGGCUUCUCUACAGCAUGAGAAGGCUGAUGGGCAGAAAAUAUCUGGUUUGGGCUUAUUCCCCUGCACGGCUGGGUCUAGCAACGAGCAGUUCGAAUCAGACUAUCCCGCCAUUUGUAAUACCAAUACGAAUCUACAUACGUAUACUUUAAGAACUGGCAAGCCAAUCUAUGAAUCAGCCGGUCAUCAUCCGAACAUGCCCGAUCCUUGCUGCGGAGGACCGCCAAUGGAACACCCAAGGUUUCUGAAUACUAUUGGGGGCCCUUGCGACAAUAAUUCCGGAACCGAGAACUAUUCCGGGCACAGUUCCAUAGCCAACGCUGGCCAUAGUAGCUCAACGGAAUCUAGUAACGCUACGUCCAGCCAAGGUGUGACCAAUCAUUUGAUCAAACACCAUCCAAACAUGGCCGGUUACAAUGGCAUAGAAUCUGCGUCCGACGACCACUAUUCCAACUGCGACCCAGCCAUCCAGUCUUUACAAGGAGAUGACCCGUUAGACCACGAAUACAACGUCAUACAGUACGGGAGUAACAGCGACUUCAUUCGUGACAUCAAAAACCAGAAUUACAACGGGGGUUCAAACAGAAGUUCGCACAACUUCAAACACAUGUCGUACGAUAGGGUAUCCUCUAGAACGAACAGCAAUCCUCGGAAGAAGCAUAGAGCGAAGAACAAGAACGUCCAGAACUGCAUGACUAUGGGUUACGACGCGUCAAUGGGCCAUCAUUACCAUCAGCCCCAUAUGCCUGAUGAAUACGGGAAUUACAACACAGAGAAUGCGUCCUACCACGCCUCUGGCAUCCAGACUCUGAACCCUAACAGGAGUUACGGGGAAGGUUGCCAAAGGAGUUCCCAACGACGGAAUUCGCCAUCCACUUCCGCCGCUAACUCCAGCGGGAGUCAGAAGAGGGGGAAGAACAACGGAUUCCCUGAUAGGCCUAAGUCCACAGACUUGUACGGGUUUUCCGAAGACCCUAACGAGAGAAGCUACCCUUGCGCGUUAGCUCCUCAACCGGCGCCGCGGAAUUGCGGGUACGAAGCCUCAUACUCCCAGCCUCAGGACGAGGUCAGCCCGCACGCAGCGGACGGGAACAGCAUGCUGGUAGCUCAGGACGGCUUCGUGAGGUUCCGGCCUUUAGAAGACGGUCCCUCGCAAACUUGAUUCACCAUCAAUCUGCCGCUGGCAGAGAACCUUAGCUUCUGAUGAAUAAAGGCUGAUUUUGAACGCUGUUCUUUUUCUGAGCUGCCGAGCCUCGAGUCUUUGACUCUCCGAUCAUGUAAAUUGUAAAUGAUUUAGGUUUAAUGCGGUAUUAUUUAAGUAUCAUUCACGGCCUCAUGUACAUACGCGUUUUUUUUUUAAGUUUACGGCCUUUUUUUAUAAGAAAUCGUGAUUUUUAUGACCCUGUGACGAACUAGCGAUAGUUUUACUAUUUUUGCAUUUAUCUUGAUGAGGAAAAGUCUCGAGAAAAAAUACUUUUCCUGCAAGUAUAAAUGAGAACAGAGCGACUUUUUAUCGAAGUUUUGCCAACAGUAAAGCCUAAUUAUAAAUUGAUUUCUAAAGGAAACUUUUCUAUACAAGAUGAAAACAUGAACAUUUUCUAUGACCCCGUUCGUGUAUACCUCGCAAGGUUUAGGGGUAAUUGAAAUAUCAAAAAAAAAUCGCAAUUUAACGAUUUUUAGAAUCAGCUCCUGACUAUUUGGGAUAUUUUAUAUGACCUAGGUUCGACUGAAAAUUCAGUAACAUUGACCCCCCUGGAUUGCCAUUUUUAUAGGUUUAGAGCCGUUAAGGUAUGUGUAUAAUACCCACUUAGUUGUAAGUUAACGACAAUUUUAACUAUAUGUGAUAUCGUUAUAAACAUUUUGUUUCAAACAAAUCUGUCCAUAGAUAAGGAAUCCGGGCGACAUAUUUAAUGUUAAAAAAACGUUUAUAUGUUAGCUGGUACAAUCAUGUCCAUAUUUGCUGUCCAAGUAAUUUAAUCAUGAAUAAAUUUUAUAUAUUAUAUGUUUUGUUACGUCCGUUCAAUUAUGUUCAAUUUAAUCAACAUGGAUAUGAACUGCUAGUUCAUAAUUAGUUACAAAUAUUUUUUCAAUCAUCCUACAAAGUUAAUCAGAUUUUUUUUAUUCAAUUCUUUGUUGAUUAAAAUAUUAUCCCCAAUUGUGAAUAAUUUGUGUCUAAAUACCAAUUGUAGAGCAGUAAUUGAAUGUCCUAUAAAAGUGUUACCACUUUAGUAUCUUCGUAUAUUUAGAUCCACGGCAAAUAGAAAAAAAAUGAUUUUUGUGAAAUAGCAUUUUGCCUAGUCAGCACGACAGAACUACCAUAUUAUAAUAUGCUGCCAUUUUUAAUUACACCUACAUUCGACACGCACUAAGUUAUAUAGCAACGGUAUUGCUAUUCGCUAUGCGUAAAGGGCUCAAUUUGACAUGUGUCAACUAUAUAAAAAAAAAAAAAAAACAUGUAUCUCAUAGCCGCCAGGCGGCGCCACAAUCGUGCGCAUGGCUAAUAGAGUUAAGCUCUCUUUUUAACUGAAUGUGGAAAAAUGAGAGACAUGUAAUUGCGGUAUAAUAUAGUGGGUAUCGAAUAUAGGAACUCUAGGAUAUCAGAAUAUACUAUAAGGAGUUGAUACACGAACACAAAACUAUAUGUAGAUUUGUUAUCUACAAUAAAUGUAUGUUGAACAUAAAUAUUAUACAAUUAACUUGAUGUUGGCACUAUAAAUAGAUAGGUAAAAUUAAAAUAAUUGUAAAAAUUAGAAAAAUACUAAAGAAUAUUUAUAAUCGGUACCAUCAUUCUACGUUUUGUGGUGUUCGUAUGUGGCGAUACUUAACCGUGCUCAUAUAAUAUAAUUCCUAUGUAUAUAGAUCUUAAAUAAGUAUCACAGAGGGAAUAUUUCAGUCAGUUACUUGACUUGGUAUCGGCGCCCUAAAGUAUCCACUAGUAUGGCGACGUCGGUACAUAUUCUAAAGUCCACACACACCAAAAAUUGUUACUUCAUUUUCGAAUAAAUAGUGAAGGAAAUAAUGUCGAAUAUAUUUUGUUUUGUAUGUAAACAAAAGAAAUGCAACCCUGUUUCAAUUGAAAAUGGUCCUAAUUACAAUGAAGCAAUUAGUACUGCUGAUUGAGCCGUGGGCCUCACAAGCUUAAGUCGAAGCACUUACUGUACAAGCGUCAAAAGUAGCGGAUCAAAUAACGCUUCAUAAGUAUCUACCAUUCUGUAACAGCUUAACAAAAAGUGAUGUCUUUAAUAUAUAACAACUAAGACUGUAAAAGAUAUACUUUUGAACUGGAAUUUUAGAAAUUCAUCUAUUUUUGGAAAAGUUGUCCGGAAUAUCAGACACUUUUGGCGCGUUAUUUCAUCCGCUACUUUUGAUUCUGACUGUACACAUCCAAGCAGUAUGAAACAACCAAAUUCACACAAUAAUUCUGCAUAGUAAAAAUUACUAAAUAUUUUGAGAAAAAGAUGAGAAUAUCAAAUUAUAUUUGUGCAUGUUGCGGAAAGCUUCCCAAAAGUUAGCAAAUUUGGCUUAAAUAUUUGGGAUCAUCAUAAAAUUUUUGUAAAUCGAUAAUUUCGGUCUCCACACAAAGUAGUAGUUUUGUUUUUUUUUUUUUUAAAGUGUGAGAAGAGUCCGAAAUUUUUCAAGUUGGAACGUAAUUUUUGGAACUGUCUAAAUUAGAUCAAAUGGGAAGUUCCGAGACCCUUUUUGGAUCCUUUAUGAAGAUUAUUCUCUAAAUGUGUUUUUGUUAGUUCAAGUAUGCUGACUAAAUAAUUCUUUUGUGCAAGUAUGGCGUGGCUACACGCCUGCCGCGAAUGCCACUUAUUUUAUUAUUUUUAUCUUAAGCCUGUAAAUAUUACGGGAUACUAUGAAGUACCCUUUAUAGAACCAUCGCGUUCAGUUUGUUGUAAAUUUAUAUAAUUUUUUUUAAUAUUUCCAAGACUGUACUUUAUCAUUUAACAAAAUGACAACUGACAUAUUACUAUGUAUAAAUAAAUAAAAACGGUAUUGCA